AUGUCUAACGCGUCCUGCCCUCGUAUCCCGACGAACCGCGGGGCGCGUUGGGGAUCCGCCCUCGCCGUCUUCGGCGCGACGGACCAAUCCAAAACCACGGUCCCGUCCGGCUCCGGUGUGAAAUUGUUGGGUGUCAAGGACGCAAUCCCGGACCAACGGCUUGUCGUUAUCCACGCAUUUCAGAAAACAACACGUUGCUUCCAAUCGGCUCGGCCGCGGAUAAACUCAUCCCUCUCUUCCUCUGUCAAGGGGCGCGCCUGCUUCGUCUCGGGUCGCGCCGCAAUUCUUCGUGACCCCAGAAUCACCAUGUCCAGCGGGGUUGAAUUUAUUUACACUAUGGACCGCAGCAUCCUGGCGUGCUGCUGUCGGGUGGAUGGCGCCACAUCCAAUAUUGCCACCAAAAAGGCCGCGCAGCUCUCCUCGUUGAUCGGCUGUUCGUGCGUGCAGCAAAGCACAAAAAGUUGA